UAAACAUUAGUAUCGAUUUGAAAUUGAAACAGUAAACACGCAUCAUGAAACACAAUAAACGAAAUUUAGAAUCUGAUGACCAUGGUUUCUCUCAUAAUUUAAAUAAAGAAAAAAAAAUAAAAAUUGAUAGUUUCAUGGAUAUACAAAAUACAAUAUCAGAAUGGGUUAUUCGUUGCAAAAUUGUGAAUAAAUCAAACAUUAAGUCGUAUAAAAGUGGAAAAUUAUUUUCUAUCGAUUUAAUAGAUUCUUCAAGUCAAUUUCGAUGUACUUUCUUUGACGAUGCGGUUGAUAAAUUUUUUGAAAUUGUGCAGAUCGGUAAGCAGUACAUUUUGUCAAAAUUCUAUGUAUCAACACCUCAUCCAAAAUUUAAUGUAUUCAAUAAUAGAAUUGAAAUCCAAAUGAAAACUGAUUCGUCGAUCAAAGAAAAUGAUGAAAAUGAUAUUUUCCUUCCUGACAACAUGUAUACUUUUAAAACCAUCGAGGAAAUUAAAUUAAUGGAAACAGGAACAUUUACAGAUCUAAAAGCGAAAAUCUUUCACAUAAAUGAAAUUGAAGAAAUUGUUCUUAAAACUGGAACAAAAUUCGUAAAAAGAUCUGUAACAAUAGUCGACGAGUUAAACGAAAAAAUUGAUUUUGCAUUAUGGCGUGAGAAUGCACAAAAUUUUUCGAUGAAUGUUGAUGAUGACAUUAUUAUUAAAGGCGGAAAGGUCCUAUUUUACAAUAACAUUGCCUACAUUUCUAUAAUAAAUUCAUCAAUUAUAACACUUAAUGAAGGUUCUGAAAAUGAUUAAAUUACAAUUUCUUAGUUCCUUAGAACCAUUUCAUUGUAGAUUAAUCGAUUUUUCUUUAUUAUAAUUUCAAAGAAAAUUAUAUUUUGAGUUAUUCCUACGCGUUUUGGAAUAAAAAAAAUAGAAAUAGCUCCUACGAUAUAUAAAAGAAAUAAAUUAUUAUAUAAUACAUAUUUUCUUUUUGAAAAAGUCAUAACUGUGACAGUUUGAUGUUAAUUGUUUUUUAUAUAGAUAUAUUUCGUUAACAAAUAUGGUUUGAAAGCAAUUAAAUCAUAUUUAGAGAGCAGUGUAACUGCAAAUGUUACUGUUUAAGAAAUAAAAUAAAAAGAAAUGUAGAUUUCUAUUAUUUGUUAACAAAAAAUUUUCAAUUCAAAAAAAUUAAUAAAUUAUAUAAUAGAAAGGAAUUCUAUUGAUUUAUAAGUAAAUAGC